UGUCUGUUUUUAUUGUAAACGAUAACACAAGGGGUAUUUAUUAACAUCGAACUUUCAUAUUUUGGUUUCAAGUCGCAUUUGAAGAAUCAGCAAUGAGACUGCUUUUAGCAUUGGGACUUUUAUUUGCCGGCACUGAGGCCAGCACAGUUUCAUUAUACAACUCUGAAUCUAUUAUAAGAACUGUAAAUAAUGCAAACGCAGCAUGGAAGGCAGGACAUAAUUUUGCGAAAGAUGUCCCGCUGGCAUAUAUCAAAGGCCUUCUUGGGGCUAGGAAGUCAAUAGUUAAUGAACUACCAGUGAAAUCGUACGAUGACCUCACAGACUUUAAAAUCCCUGAAGAAUUUGACUCUCGAAAACAUUGGCCAAAAUGCCCCACAAUUAGGCACAUUCGUGACCAGGGUACCUGUGGAUCUUGCUGGGCAGUAGCUGCAGCUUCGACUUUUUCAGAUAGAGCCUGUAUUGCUUCUAAUGGUACAUUUAAACAACCUCUUUCAACAGAAGAAUUAUUAGCUUGCUGUGAUAAAUGUGGUUUUGGAUGCCAAGGAGGAUACACCGAUGAAGCAUGGAAAUUUUUUAGGGAUCACGGUGUGGUCACAGGUGGUGAUUAUCAUUCCCACGUUGGAUGCCAACCGUACCAAAUUCAACCUUGUGAACACCAUAUAAAAGGCAAAAGACCAGAGUGUUCUUCUCUUCCAUUGUCAUCUACCCCGAAAUGCAAGAAGGCCUGUCUAAACCCACAAUUCAAAGGAAAAUUCAAACAGGAUCAUCAUAAAGUCAAAACUGCGUACACACUCAAUAGCACAGUUACCAACAUACAGAAGGAAUUAAUGCAGUUUGGCCCGGCUGAAGUGUCAUUCAUGGUCUAUGAAGAUUUUCCUACUUACAAAGAAGGUGUAUAUCAUCAUGUAACAGGAAACCUAUUAGGUGGCCAUGCCGUAAGGCUCCUUGGUUGGGGAACAGAAAACGGAACACCGUACUGGCUCAUCGCCAACUCAUGGAACACAGAUUGGGGUAACAAAGGUCUUUUUAAAAUCGUACGUGGUAAAAAUGAGUGUGGCAUUGAAGAUGAUGUCGUAGGAGGCCAACUUGAAGUGUGGGAGAUGGACAGCUCGUCUAGUUUGGGACCCCUGCUGUACAGCCUGAGAGGAGACAUGGAGGGGUUGACUACUUUGCCACCCGAUUCCUGGCAGGGCAUGGAAUGCCAUGAACUGGAGAUAGUCAUAGGACAGAUCACACUGGAGAAUGUCGUUGGAAUCAUAAUCACCACAACAGGUGGCAAGGAUGGUGGCCUUCAUGAACAUGGUCCUGCUAUGUACAAAGAAAACAAAUUAAUAGGCAAUCCAAAAUGGACCAUGGUUUCAUUCACAAAGAUCUUGAAGUCUACAUUAUUAUACCACUUUCAUACUUGCUUUUCUUCUGAUACCAUUUGCUUUGCCACAAGACAUCUUUUUUCGUAUUUGAAACAUCAAAACAUAGCAAUGAGACUGAUUUUAACAUUUGGACUUUUAUUUGCUGGCUCUGAGGCCAGCACAGUUUCAUUAUACAACUUUGAAUCUAUUAUAAGAACUGUAAAUAACGCAAAUGCAACAUGGAAGUCAGGACAUAAUUUUGCGAAAGUUGUCCCAGUGGCGUAUAUCAAAGGCCUUUUUUGGUCUUGGAAGUCAGAAGUUAAUGAUCUACCAGUGAAAUCGUACGAUGUCCUCACAGACUUCCCAGAAGAAUUUGAUUCUAGAAAACAUUGGCCCAAAUGUCCCACAAUUGGGCACAUUCGUGACCAGGGUGCCUGUGGAUCUUGCUGGGCAAUAGCUGCAGCUUCGACUUUUUCAGAUAGAGCCUGCAUUGCUUCUAAUGGAACUUUUAAGGAGCCUUUAUCAACGGAACAAUUAUUAGCUUGCUGUGAAGAAUGUGGUAAUGGAUGCCAAGGAGGAUACACCGAUGAAGCAUGGAUAUUUUUUAGGGAUCAUGGUGUGGUCACGGGUGGUGAUUAUCAAUCCAAUGUUGGAUGCCAACCGUACCAAAUUCAACCUUGCGAACACUACAUGAAAGGCAAAAGACCAGAGUGUUCUUCUCUUCCAUUGUCACCUACCCCGAAAUGCAAGCAGACCUGCCUAAACCCACAAUUCAAAGGAUCAUUCGAACAAGAUCAUCAUAAAGUCAAAACUGUAUAUACAGUUAACGGCACAGUUGCCAGCAUACAAAAGGAAUUAAUGCAGUUUGGUCCAGUUGAAGCGAGGUUAAUGGCCUACGAAGAUUUUCUUACUUACAAAGAAGGUGUAUACCAUCAUGUGACAGGACAAUUUCUGACUAGACAUUCCAUAAGGAUCCUUGGUUGGGGAACAGAAAACGGAACACCGUACUGGCUCAUCGCUAACUCAUGGAACACUGAUUGGGGUGACAAAGGUUUUUUCAAAAUACUAAGAGGGAAAAAUGAGUGUGGCAUAGAAGAGAAAGUCAUAGCAGGCCAAGUUUAAAAUGUAUUAAGGAUU